CUUCAUUUUUUGGUCUUUCUUUGUUUCCCUUCUUUCGCUUCACCGUCUUGCUCGAAACAACAAGAGACAAAAAGACAGCAACAGCGCAGUACAUCUGUUCAUUACCAAGCAGUCUCACACAAGAGUCGCAGCACCAGCAGCACACACACACACACACACACACACACAUCAUGCAGACGCAGCCGGGGGAAGCACGCAGUUCCGUGGCCAGCUCGUCACCAUCAUCAAUCCCCACAUCACUGCACUCGACCGUGCGUGGGACGAACUUGGCAUUGACAAUGCCGCGCGAGGCGCCCAGCUCAGCGCAGUCCGCGUCGCCAUCGAGCAGGCCUUCACAUCCAUCCAGAAGCAGGUCUCUGCACAAAUUACCCAGAGCCAGCAGCAGAUUGCUGCAUUGCAUGCACAGCUCGAAGCGCUGGCGGGUCAAAUUGGCGAUGCCAAAGUCGUCGAGUCCGUUCAAGCCGUCAUCCAAGCAACGCCGGGCCCAGCGUGCCUUACUCCCACCACUGUCAGCCCGACUCCAAAGUCAGGAUCUGUGGCUACCGUGGCACAAAAGACCGAGCAGCUCCAAGAUUUCAUUGCAAAACUGCAGUCCGAGUUUCAGGGCCGUCUCACCGCUGUCAGUGCGAACGUCCAAGAGAUCGAGUCGCUCGCAGCAACCAUGGGCAUUCGCUCGAAUGAAGUCGAGUCCUUGUCUCGGUGCAAGCCAAUUUCAACCUCCAUUGACACUGGUUGCGUCGACUACUGCCGAGGCAUUGCUGCCGAAAACAUGCUGCAUUUGACAAACAUUAUUGGCACGUUGCGCAUUGCUCGCUCUGGCCGUGAAGACAAGGCUCGCACACAGAUCGAGACGUUGAAGGCGCUGUGGAGUGAGCUUGGCGUGCAGCCCCAGCAAGGGUUUGAGCAACAGGCCUUCCAAGGACCUCCCGCUCUUGUUCUGUCCGAAGAAAACCUCGACAAGUUGGACCAGCUCCGCUUGGACUUGUUGGAAGCGCGCACAAACAAUGCACAGCAAAUUGCCGGCUUUGUGGAAAAGCUCCGGCUUCUCUGGACACGCAUGCGCAUCUCGGAAAGCGAGCAGCACAUGUUUGUUUUGGAGCACGACAACGUCAAGUUUUCUUCCGUGACUGCUUUUGAAAACGAGCUUUCUCGCAUGAUGGAGCUCAAGACCACCAACAUGCAUAGGUUUAUUGAGGCUGUUCGAUGCGAACUCGUCGAGUUGUGGGACAAGUGCUUCUUUGGCGAGGAGCAACGACACCAGUUUACGCAUGCUUUCACAAACUUGUGCUCAGAAGAUACCCUGCAAGCGCACGAGCAAGAGCUGGAGCGCAUGGAGCAAUACUAUGCUGACAAUGCCAACAUCUUCCAGCUUGUUUCAAGCCACAAGCAGCUGGAGGCCAAUCUAUUGGAGCUCCAGUCUCGCGCAAGCGACACCUCAAAGUACAACAAUCGCGGCGGCCGCAUGCUUCAGGAGCAGAACGCGACCAAGAAAAUCCAAAAAGAGCUGCCCGUCGUUCGCAAGCAGCUCAUUGCUGCGCUCGAAGAGUGGGAGUCGCGACACGGCAAGUACUUUUUGGUGAACGGCGGCCGGUACCUCACGACGUUGGAAACCAGCCUUUCUGCAUCUGUCGUCAUUGGCACGCUGUCGCGCCGUCCAGUGUCGGCUAUGCUAAACACUUCUUUGAACACGAGCUUUUCGGGUGGACAAAACUCGAGCAUGCUGAACACUAGCGGGUUGAACACGAGCGGUCUCAACACAAGCGGGAUUGACUUGAAUACCAGCGGCUUGUCGUCAGGAAGCUCGACUGCGGCCAAGCGCGCAGGAGGAGCGCGCGUGGCCGUGUCAUCGUCGCGCCAAGGCAACGCAACAGUCAGCGCAGCCACAAGCAACGUGCGCAAGCCCGUCGCACCUCGUGCUGCCACAGCUCCUCGAGGCGUAGCACCCACGCAGCCUGUCCCAGCGGCAAAAGGCACUCGUGGUACCAUUCUUCCGCCCAAGGCGGCCGCUAACGUUGGUGCAGUCGAAGUUGGCGCAAUCUCGAUCGUUGAGCACACUGCGCCUGUCGUUGACUUUUCUUCUCCACGAGCACUGCCCGCCUCGUUCGCAUUGUGCACCUCUGCUGCUGGCAUGGUGAUUCACGAAUCGCCAGCUCCACGAGUUGAGACACUGCGCACAGUGUCUGCGAAUACUCCUGUGCGAGCUGUUGCCGCCAAGUCACCGAUGCCGGGCGCGAAUCGACCGCUGCUUCAGCUAUUAUUGACGCCCUGCAAGACCUUGAGCUUGGACCAGGAGAACGGAACCCCAACUUCCGUGCAUGAAUUUUCGUUUGACCACGACGUCCCUGAGCUGUCUCGCAUGUCCGUUGUUCCGCAGUUCAACGAAUCGACCAUUUGAAGACUUGAAACUGGCCUCAAUAUUUCAUUCUAUUGUAUUUGUGUGUGCAUUGUUUUUUUUUCUUGCGUUGAAUCCGGGGGUUGAGCUGCAUUAUGUAAUUAAAAUUUCACGACAGGU